GACCUCGUAAAGGGAAUAUCCACAGACCUCUCUGUCUCUCCCUCUCCCGUGGGUAGCAGGGUGGGUAGCUCUCCUCCUCCUCCUCCCCCUCCCCGGCCGUGGUCCGUGGGUAUGGAGGAGAAUCAAGAGAAGUUUGCUCCGGAGAGCAGCGGCGGCGACGGUGGUGGCUCGGUGAGAACGAUCUGCGUCUUCUGCGGCAGCAGGCCGGGGAACCGGCCGUCCUUCAGCGCUGCGGCGCUCGACCUGGGGAAGCAGCUGGUCGAGAGGCAGAUGAACCUGGUGUACGGCGGCGGCAGCGGCGGGCUGAUGGGCCUGGUGUCCAAGGCCGUCUACGAAGGCGGCCGCCACGUCCUCGGGGUCAUCCCUACCGCCCUCCUACCUGAAGAGGUGUCAGGGGAGACAUUGGGAGAGGUGAAAGUGGUCAGGGACAUGCAUCAGCGCAAGGCGGAAAUGGCGAAACAUGCCGACGCUUUCAUCGCCCUGCCAGGUGGUUACGGGACAAUCGAAGAACUGCUGGAGAUCAUAGCGUGGGCGCAGCUGGGCAUCCACAGCAAACCGGUGGGGUUGCUCAACGUGGACGGCUACUACAACAGCCUGCUCUCGCUGUUCGACAAGGCUGUCGAGGAGGGCUUCAUCGACACCAAGGCACGGAACAUCUUCGUCCUCGCUGACACCGCCGCCGACCUGCUGACUAGGCUCACCAUGAUGGCGCGCCUGGCAGCCGACGACGACGAUGCUACUACUACCCCCAGAGGAGACGGAGACGGAGACGGAGACGAACACAAGGGGGCCACCACCGCUGCAGGCGUCAAAAGGAAAAGGGGCUAGAUCGAUUAUAGUUGUUGCUGUUGUUGUUGUAUUCUUGUGCCUAUCCAUCCGUGCAUGCAUGCAUGUAUCCUCUCUAGCUUUCUAGUAGGUUUCGUUCCUGCAUGCAAUCUGUGGAUCCUGCUGUAACCAAGCUAGUACGUAUCUCCUAAGUACUAACUACUAGUGAAGCUGCAGUGUGUACCUGUCGUGAUUAAUUAAUAAUAAGCCAUGCAGCUACAUAUUUAUUUGAUGUACAUC